GGUGGUGCCGACGCGGAAGUAACAGCGGCGGCAGCGCGAGCUGUCGCCUCAGAGCAUGCGGCUGCCCGGGCUCUUCGGGCGGCUGAAAGCGGCGGUCGUCGGGGUGGUGCACGUGGGAGCGCUGCCAGGGACACCAAGAAGUUCUUUUCCAUUGACCCAGAUCAUUGAUCAAGCUUGUCAAGAGGCAGAAGCUUACAAGGAUGCUGGAGUUGAUGGCUUGAUAGUAGAAAACAUGCAUGAUCUUCCUUACACUGUGUGCCCUGGGCUUGAAGUAACAGCAGUAAUGUCAGUCUUUAGCUGCCCUGGCCUUGCCCUGGGUGUCCAGAUCCUGUGUGCUGCAAACCAAGAGGCAGCAGCGGUUGCUCUUGCUGCAGGUCUUGAUUUUAUCUGGGCUGAAGAGUUUGUGUUUUCUCAUGUUGCUGAUGAAGGGAUUAUAAAUGCCUGCGCAAGUGAUCUGCUACAGUACAGGAAACAAAUUGGAGCAGAGAACAUUCAAAUUUUUGCUGAUAUUAAAAAGAAACAUAGUAUCCACAGGGUACGUUCCUGCUGCUUACAGUGCUCAUGCCCAGAUGUCAGCAUGGCUGCCGAGCUCUCCCUGGCUGAGGGUUUGGUGCUGACCCGCACAGUGACCGCAGUGCCCACCGAACCUCGGGAGCUGAAAGAGGUUAAGCAUGCUGUGAAGAUUCCUGUGAUGAUUUGGUCUGGACUGACUCUGGAGAAUGUGAGGAAUUACUUGGAUGCAGACACUCUUAUAAUUGGCAGCACAUUUCUGUGGUGCUCAAAGCCAUUGCCAAUGCAAAACUAACUCUGAAGGCUUGUAUAAUAUAUUCUCUUAUAAGAAAAAUGCAGAUGGAGUUUAAGAAUUUGUAGUAAAUAUUCAUCACAGUUGAGCUCAGUUUUGUUUUGCCUUUGAGUACAAUAGGAUGCCCUAAGUUUACAGCUAAGAGUACUGUAAAUUGGACAAGUUAAUCAGCCUUUCAGUUUCCCAUCUGUAAAAUGAUGAUAAUAGUACCUGCAUCACACGAGAGUUAUAAGACAUGAUGAAUGAAUAUACAGCACUUUCCUCUCCUCAAAUGAAGGUCUCUAUUAAAGUUCAAGAUCAUUAUUUUUUCAUUAGAAUUGUGCACUUAUUUAAAAAAGGUAGCAAUUGUUUACCAUACAAAAUUUAAGAUAAUUGGGAAAUU